AUGGAUAAAACAAUUCAAUCAAGAAAUGCAAUUUCAAAAAAGAAAAAUUUGCUUUUAAUUGAUAAUGCAUCAUCUUAUAAAUUAGAAGAAAAUGAAAUAUUAAAUAGAAUUGAUACAUUUGAUGCAUAUAAUGAUUUUGGUACUGAAAUUCCUCUUUUAAAUAUAUUUAAUGCAAUAACUUGGACUGCAGAAGUUUUAGAAACAACAGGAAUUCCUAAUGAUAAUGAAAUUAUUUCAAGUAUUCUUGAAGUACCCGAAGUUGAAAAAGAAAUCAAUAAUGCAAUUUCACCAUAG